AUGUGUGUCGUCAAGGGGAAGGAUGAGGAAAGUUGUCAGAAUUAUAUUCGAGUGCUAGUGUCCCUGGGAUCGGGGAGGCUACUCAUCUGUGGGACCAACAGUUUCAAGCCAGUAUGCCGGGAGUAUGGCGUCCAAAGAGACAACUAUCACAUGGAAAAAGAAAAAUCGGGGCAGGCAGUCUGCCCCUAUGACCCUGAACACAACUCUACCGCUGUAUAUGCAGAUGCGGAGCUGUAUUCAGGCACAGUGGCAGAUUUUAGUGGCAUGGAGCCCAUAAUAUACCGCGAACCCCUUCAGACUGAGCCUUACGACUCUAUGACAUUAAACGCCCCCGAUUUCGUGAAUUCGUUAGUACAUGGCAACUUCGUGUACUUUUUCUUUCGGGAAACAGCGGUGGAAUAUAUCAACUGUGGAAAGUCCGUGUUUUCCCGCGUUGCGCGCGUGUGCCGCGACGACCGAGGGGGCCCACACCGCUUCAAGCAACGCUGGACUUCCUUCCUCAAGUCGCGACUCAAUUGUUCCGUCGCUGGCGACUUCCCCUUCUAUUUUAACGAGAUUCAAUCCACGACAGAACUGAUAGAAGGUGUUUACGGUGGUCUGAACGCACAGUUGAUUUACGGUACAUUCACGACACCGCCCAACAGCAUAUCCGGUAGUGCGGUGUGCGCUUUCAGUAUGCAGGACAUAGCUGAUACCUUCGAAGGAACCUUCAAGGAACAGAGUGCUAUCAACUCCAAUUGGUUGCCUGUUAAUAGUGCUAAGGUACCAGAGCCCAGACCAGGCACCUGUCACAACGACUCCAGGCAGUUGCCGGAUCAAACGUUGAACUUCAUCAAAACGCAUGCGCUGAUGGACGAAUCAGUGCCAGCUUUCUUUGGCGAACCGAUCGUUAUUAGAACCAGCUUUCACUACCGAUUUACACAGAUCGCUGUAGACCCACAAGUGAAAACACCAGGAGGCAAAGCCUAUGAUGUUUUGUUUAUUGGAACAGAUAAUGGCAAAAUAAUAAAAGCGAUAAACGCAGUAUCGUACGACACGAAUAAACGCGCGGCGCCCGUAGUCAUCGAAGAGCUGCAGGCCUUCGGAGCUGGGUCCCCGGUUCGAGCUCUGAGAGUGGCCAGAGCCGGUCGAGAUGCGGCUAGACUUAUUGCAGUGUCAGAUAAGGAAGUACUAAGUUUGAGACUACAUCGAUGCUCCAGUGACAAGAUUAGUUCUUGCUCAGAGUGCGUGGCCCUGCAAGACCCAUACUGUGCGUGGGACAAGCAGGCAGGGCGAUGUCGCGCGUACUCACACGGCGUCAGUCGCUGGCUCGACGAGAACUCCUUCUACCAGAGCGUCAGCACUGGCAGUCACGCGGCAUGCCCUCAUAGCAAAGACGCAGGGGCGGUCGGUGGACUCAGUUCAGGACUGUACGAUGAUGCCAGAGAGAACAAAGGAGAAGUCAUAAAUAUUGUGCAGGACAAAGAUGGGAAAGGGAGCAACAAUAAUAACGAAGGCCCAGAGGUCUUAGCAGCAGAUCCACCUCCGGCAGCAUAUUCCGUAGAAACGUUGGCGUUAGCAGUGGCGGCGGGGGCACUAGCAGCACUCGGAGCUGGAUUUGCAGCAGGUUACAUCUGUGGAAGACGCUGCAAGAAGGACGACGACGACAACAUGCCCUACCCUGACACGGAAUAUGAGUAUUUUGAGCAGAGGCAGAAUAUUAAUAGGAUCCAAGCGGAGCCCAAGCUGCUCCAGCAAGUGGAGGAGGUGACGUACGCGGAGCCGGUGCUGGCUCCUCAGCCCAAGCCCGCCUCGCCCCGGGCCACGCUGCGCAAGCACCCGCCCUACCACCCCCACCACGAGACCCUCUUCCAGUUCCAGCCGGACACCUACCGCCGGGACAAUUUCGGGACCCUGCGCUCCCAUCAGGGCGAUGGGUACCGGCGGGGCAACGACAACGGUUUCUCGACAACGCGUUCAGUGAAAAAGGUGUAUCUCUGA